UGCGGCACUCAGUCUCCACCCGGACUCCGCCAUGUUGAGUCUUGUGGGCCGUGUGGCCUCGGCCUCGGCCUCCGGGGCCUUGCGGGGACUCAGCCCUUCGGCGGCGCUGCCACAGGCGCAGCUUCUACUGCGAGCUGCUCCCGCCGGGGUCCAUCCUGCCAGAGACUAUGCGGCGCAGGCGUCUGCGGCCCCGAAGGCAGGCACCGCCACCGGGCGAAUCGUGGCAGUCAUCGGCGCCGUGGUGGACGUCCAGUUCGAUGAGGGGUUACCUCCCAUCCUAAAUGCCCUGGAAGUGCAAGGCAGGGACAGCAGACUAGUUUUGGAGGUGGCCCAGCAUUUAGGGGAGAGCACGGUAAGAACUAUUGCUAUGGACGGCACGGAAGGCUUGGUUAGAGGCCAGAAAGUACUGGAUUCAGGGGCACCAAUCAAAAUUCCUGUUGGUCCUGAGACCUUGGGCAGAAUCAUGAAUGUCAUUGGAGAACCGAUUGAUGAGAGAGGUCCUAUCAAAACCAAACAAUUCGCUCCUAUUCAUGCUGAGGCUCCUGAGUUCAUAGAGAUGAGUGUGGAACAGGAGAUUCUGGUAACUGGGAUAAAGGUUGUGGAUCUGCUGGCCCCAUACGCCAAGGGUGGGAAAAUCGGACUCUUCGGAGGUGCUGGCGUUGGAAAGACAGUGCUGAUCAUGGAGUUAAUCAACAAUGUCGCCAAAGCCCAUGGUGGUUACUCUGUAUUUGCUGGUGUUGGUGAGAGGACCCGUGAGGGCAAUGAUUUAUACCAUGAAAUGAUUGAAUCUGGUGUUAUCAACCUAAAAGAUGCCACCUCCAAGGUAGCAUUGGUAUAUGGGCAGAUGAACGAACCACCUGGCGCUCGAGCCCGAGUAGCUCUGACUGGUCUGACCGUUGCUGAAUACUUCAGAGACCAGGAGGGCCAAGAUGUCCUGCUGUUUAUUGACAACAUCUUCCGCUUUACCCAGGCUGGCUCAGAGGUAUCUGCCUUAUUGGGCAGAAUCCCUUCUGCUGUAGGCUACCAGCCUACCCUAGCCACUGACAUGGGUACAAUGCAGGAAAGGAUCACCACUACCAAGAAGGGAUCUAUCACCUCGGUGCAGGUAAGGAAAACUAAGUGGAUAAAGAUUUCAGUUGGUAAAAUCAACCUAGGGAAAUAAUAAAACUGUAUUAUA